AAGGGGGGGGGAAGACGACGGGGUGGUGAGAGACAGGUUUCUUCUUCUUUCCUCGAGCAGCUGUCUCGUCUUGAUAGGCUCGCGGAGCAAAUGGGGAGGCUGUGCAGAGGAGGGGUCGGUAGAUGGGUGGGAGGAAAAGGCGGGCUACGCUGAGGGGGUAACUCAGCCCGAGAGACCCCGAUCAGGUUGCAGCUAAUACUCCUCACUUGCUGCCUUGGACGUCUCCUCCCCCCCCACCCCCUUUGAAGCUUUUGUUCUCUCCAGUUUGGGGCAGAAGCGAGUCGCUGUUGCAGCCGCCGCCGCCGCCGCCGCCGCCGCUUCUCCUGUCUCUUCGUCUGUCAGGAAAGUUCCAGGAGGCAGACCGGCUCGCGCGUUCGCCUUCCUAGGCUCUGCUAAGCCUACUGUUUUUGUUGCUCUGAGUGUGUCCUCCAUGUUGGUAUUGUGACUACAGAACCAAGGGUUGGUAUUUGGAAGUGAAAUAGUGGAUAUAUAUGCUGUAUGUAUGAGACCAAAGCACUGACAUGAACGGUGAAGCUGUACUGUCCUCCGCUUGGAUAUGUAACUACAAUUUGGGUCACGGCCAUGGAUCAUGACAUCACCCUCACAUACUAAAAUGUCUUGAAGCCUCUAUAUCUUUCUUGCAUUUCGCUCUGUUGAAGGGAUGCUUUUUUCCGCAAUGCUGACAUCUGCCCAUUCUGGGACGUUAAAUGCAACUUUCAUUGUCUAUGAAAAUAUCUACGCAAAUGUCACCACUCCCUUCUUGGUUCGUAGUGGCACAACACAGCCACUAAAAUACCACUUUGGUGCCAUGGUCACCACUGAGGUAACUACUUUGACAACCAACAUCACAACUGCCCAUCCAUUACUACAGGGCUCCAAGAGCCUGAGCCUGCCGCUCCAGAUUAUUCUUUCUGCUGCCAUGAUAUUUAUACUCCUGGUUUCUUUCUUUGGUAACCUUGUUGUCUGCCUCAUGGUCUAUCAGAAGACUGCAAUGCGAUCUGCAAUUAACAUUCUCCUAGCUAGUUUGGCUUUUGCAGACAUGCUGCUUGCUGUGCUGAACAUGCCUUUUGCUUUGAUAACCGUCAUCACUACUCGAUGGGUUUUUGGGGAUAUCUUCUGCAGAGUCUCUGCCAUGUUUUUCUGGCUAUUUGUAAUUGAAGGGGUUGCCAUUCUACUCAUUAUUAGCAUUGAUAGGUUUCUUAUAAUAGUUCAGAGGCAAGAUAAGCUGAAUCCUUACCGUGCAAAGAUCCUCAUUGCUGUCUCAUGGGCUACUGCCUUUGUUGUUGCAUUCCCACUUUCUAUGGGAAACCCCAACCUCCUACCUUCUAAGGCACCUCAGUGUGUGUUUGGUUACACAACAAGCCCUGGCUACCGUGCCUAUGUAAUAUUGGUGGUACUGAUUUCAUUUUUCAUUCCAUUCUUGGUGAUGUUGUAUUCUUUUAUGGGCAUCCUCAACACUGUACGGCACAAUGCAGUUCGAAUCCAUAGCCACCCAGACAGCAUAUGCCUUAGCCAAGCUAGCAAACUUGGUCUCAUGAGCCUCCAGAGACCUUUUCAAAUGAACAUCGAUAUGAGCUUUAAAACUCGUGCCUUCACAACCAUAUUGAUUUUGUUCAUUGUCUUCAUAAUCUGCUCGGCGCCCUUUACCACCUACAGCCUUAUUGCCACAUUCAACAGUCACUUUUAUCACAAGCACAACUUUUUUGAGAUAAGUACUUGGCUCCUUUGGCUCUGCUACCUCAAGUCUGCCCUGAACCCACUGAUUUACUACUGGAGGAUCAAGAAAUUUCAUGAUGCAUGCUUAGACUUGAUCCCGAAGUACUUCAAGUUUUUGCCACAGCUACCUGGUCACACCAGAAGACGUAUCCGGCCUAGUGCUGUUUAUGUGUGUGGGGAGCACCGGUCUGUUGUGUAAAACUUGCAGCAAAUGGACACUUGUUCUUUUCUGGUGUAUGCUCAUUUUGGUGGAUUAAAAAUACAAUGGCUUCUUUAGCUGCCAUAUUUAUUUAUAACUUUAGUAUGUAUUCCAGUUAUGUGCAAUUUCAAGAGAAAGAUCAUAGUUGAACUUUGCUACCAGAGUAUGACUGAAGAAAGUUAUUGGCUACAAACCAAAGAAGCUCCAUGUGCAUGAAGGGAGAAUAAUGCUGGCAGAGCUUUCUGUUUGUCACAGCAGCUUCCCCUGCUGCACUUUAGGGUUCCUCUUCAGCAGAUACAGCAACAGAAGCUUCAAAGAAACUCCUGCUGUGGGCACAGUUUUCUCCUGCACACACAUGUAGCCUUCUGUGGAUUGUAGCCACUACUUCCAGUUUUCUGUGGUGGAGAGGAAAGCCUAUUCAAAUAUUUGUCAGGUUUGAUGCUAAUGACUGCAGAUCCACUUACUUGUAGAUGUUUUUAAUGCUGCUAUUUUAUUGUACAUUUUGUGGAACACUUUUUUAAGAAUAAACGAUGUUGCUGCUUUACGUCAACAUAGUAGAGCCAAAAGGUCUCUAUUUAAUUUAAAAAUUUCAAGACUUGCAGUAAUGUUCAAAACAGAUUCUA